AUUACGAAAACGGCGCAACCAACUUAAAAAAAAAAAAACUAUCAACAGCGUACGCCCGCAACAGCUGCUCUGCUCUGCUCCUCCCUCUUCCUCUCUUCCACAACGUCUGCUCCUCCCCCCGCCUUGACUCUCCGGGGAAACGAGCAGAGCUGCAGAGCCGCAGAAAGCGAUUUCAGUUCAGCGACAGCAGCGCACAGGUGCCAUUCGGAAAGUGCGGACGUAUAAUGCUUACCGGCGUUUCCACAUCCAUAUCCAUAUCCAUUUCCAGCCACCAUUGCCCUACCAUCCGUAGCACUUACCUUUCCACUACUACUUGUCGUCCCUCAUCCACUGGCACUACCGCUUAUCAUUAUCACACUCGUACCCAUUCCCUUUCCAACCGUACAUUUCACAUUCCACAUUCUACAUUCCACACUCUUCCACACUCCUUUUAACCAGACCACAUCCAUGUGAGAUGAGUGCGUGCGAAGCGUCGGGUAUGGAACCGUUAGUUUCGCGAACGUCUGCCGCCCCCGCUUUCCAAUUCGAUGUCAUGCCAAAGAUAACGACAGCGACGCCCGCCGCGACAGCGACAGAGACAAAAACGCCGGCGCUGGUGCGGGCAGCGACAACGGUUAAAAUUGAAAAUAAAUGGCCGGCGGCAGAGGCAGCGGCUUUCAGUUAUCAGAGAGCAGCGAAGCAGAUUGGAGCUAUAGCACCCACAAGGCACUCCCUGGAAACUGGAAAGGAAAAGAUAGCGUUGCCAUUGCCGUUACCGUUACCAUCUACCUCCCUUGCAACUCGCGAACCGAUAUCGACACCGAUAACGCCUACCCUCAUACCGCUUACUGGUGAUAAUCCAUGUGAAAAGCUCUCCAGAAAUUUGGCCCUUCGCAAGGCUCAACUGAAGGCGGCCUUUUUCGGCAGCAAACAGCCAGAAAGAGCUGUGAUCCAGGCACCAUCCACUAGUUACCGCACCCCCUACCGACGCACCCGUGUUAGAACGGAGGCAAGGAAGCCGGUCCAACAGCUGAUUGAUCAGUACGAGGCCAUGAUUGUCCAACAGCAGCAACAGGAGCAGCAGCAGCAGCAGCAGCAGAUGCUGGGCGAAACGAAGUCUGCGCCGGGAGCCAUUGCCUCCAACUCGGAUGAAGGCUGCAAUGUGACUGGAAGCGGUCUAAGCCCCUACAGCAGCGAUGGCGAGGAAAUGACGACUAGCUCCUCCGGCAAGCUAUCGCCCGGCCAGCGGAAGCUCAAGGUCACUCGCUGUGCCAGCAGCGACUCCGCCCUGGGCCUGGAGGUGGACGAUGCCAGCAUGGAAGUGAGCCCGUCCAGUUUGCCCGCCCAGCGAAGGAUGACUCUGACGGUGACGGAUUUACCACUGAGACCAGCUCUCCUGCCGCUGGCAGAGCCCACAGCCCUGCCAGAUUCGCCGCUAACCUCGCCCACCGGCAGUGCCGCCGCCGCCGGGGCAGCCAUUGGUAGCAGCAGUGUGCCCACGAAGGUGCUGCUGGAGGAACGAGUGGUUGCCGCACCGGGAUCUCGACGCGAGUCUACCCAAAGCUCCUACAGUGAACUGGGCAGCAGCGGUUUCCCCUUGGGCGUUCGCUACGUCCGCACACCGUCGGUGGUGGUCAGCGACUACUCCGAUGAUAUCACCGCCUGCGGCAUCAGCAUGGAGGAGAUGGAGUACUUUCGCCUGCAGCGGGCACGCUGUCAACGCCGCUGCUCCCUGGAAGCGGGACAUGGCCAUGGCCAUGGAGCGGGCGGGACGGGAUCGGGAGCGUGCGGAAUGUCGCCGGGAUGCGCCAAGGACGAAGGCCAGUCGGAUGUCAGUGCCGCGAGCAGCUGCAGCAACUUGUACUAUUGUGGCUCCACCAUUUCCGCCCUGGAUGGGGGCGAGUGCAUUGUGAACGGCAUAAGGGUGGCUCUGGCCAGAAAAAACAGCACGCAGAGCAGCAGCCUGAGCGGCGAGGAGGAGGACGACGACGACGAGGAGGAGGAGCGUGACUUGGAGCUAGAGCUGGAGCAGGAGGAGGAGUACGGUCGGGGGGAUCGCGAUCGGGAGCGGGAACGUGAACGUGAGCGGGAGCACCAGCUCAGUGAACUCCUGGCAGCCACGCAGCUGGGCGACCGCCAGAUCAGGGAUCGCUCCAAGAAGGUAGGCGCCCGCGAUGACGUCACAAACCAGGGAAAUCUCAAACUAGACUAAAAGAAGGAAAAGGCCUAGGUCGCCAAGAAGAUUUAAUUUUUUUUUUUUUUAAUUACAAACACACCGUACCUUUUUUUUCGGUGCAAAUCGGUGCAUAUAUACACACGGGAAAAAAUCAGAGCCAGCAGAGCGACAGAAUUUUCAAAAAAUCUAAAAAUUAUAAUAAGAAAGUCUCAGUAUGGAAGUGCUAUAUCAUCGCUAAAGACUCCAGAGAGUAGGGUUUCUAUAUAUUAGAAAAAUCGUAUGAAUAAUUUCAAUUAAUAACGUAUAAUAUUUUAAUUAAAAGUCAGCUCCAUCUUGUUUUAAAGGUGGACUUUAGGACGAGUGUAUUAAAAUCAACAGACAGAGAUCGUCGGGUCUUUGCUUUAAGAUUUUCCACUUUAUUAUUUGCCGACUUUAGCUGACGUUUUUUCCCAGCGUGUACGUGCGUGUGUGGUGUGUGUGUGUGUGUGUGUGUGUGUGAGUGUGUGUGUUAGCUUAAAAGGCUGUUAAUUAAUUUGAUUUUUAUCUUAUCACAAAAAUGAGGUUUUGCUGUGCGGAGAAGUCUUUGUUUUUUUUUUUUUUGUUCCGCUUGCUGUUGUUAUUAUUAUUAUUAUUUUUGUGUUUCGCGUGAAUGGGAACGAUAUGGCCGAUGUUGUUGAAAAUUAGGGGGUGCCUAUUGAUAAAAAAAAACUAAAAAACAAAAACAAAACUCAAGCUGAACAAAAAAUUCAAACAGCAAAAGGGAAAACCUCGACUCUGCUCUUCUGAUUUUGUUUUUGUACUUUUUAUCGAGAAGUGGAACAGCAACGGCGACGACGACGACGACAGAGCUUAUCUUAGUUUAACUGUAUAUUGUGUACUAUAUAGAUAAAUAUAUUAUGUACGUAUUAAGCCAGCACAUAUUUACUAUACAUUUAUAUAAACUGUACAAUGAUGGCAUAUUUUUUGUAGCGCAGCAAGGCUGCAAAAGUCAAGUCUGUAAUGCAAAUAAAAGUAUUAGAAACCGAAUAUUCGGAGUUCAACAACGACGACGAUGAUAAUAAUAAAGCAAUCCACAUGGAUAUGUCCCCUGUA